GUGAAUGCGGGGUCCGGGGAGAGCGGAUACAGUGAGUGCGGGGUCCGGGGAGAGCGGAUACAGUGAAUGCGGGGUCCGGGGAGAGCGGAUAUAUAGUGAAUGCGGGGUCCGGGGAGAGCGGAUAUGGUGAAUGCGGGGUCCGGGGAGAGCGGAUACGGUGAAUGCGGGGUCCGGGGAGAGCGGAUACGGUGAAUGCGGGGUCCGGGGAGAGCGGAUACGGUGAAUGCGGGGUCCGGGGAGAGCGGAUACGGUGAAUGCGGGGUCCGGGGAGAGCGGAUA